GGACUUCUAGGUUUCCUCAAUGGCAGAGAACAAGCCGUAUCGCUAUGGGCUCAUUGUUUUGGGAAUGGCGUUCGUGGCGUUGGGUAUGUUCAUGAUUUCUGUGGAGGAGCCUCAUGUGUUCGUCACGUUCUGCGCUAUGGGCGUGAUAAUGAUGGGCAUAGGGACUGUAUGGACUGUGUGCCAGUGUUAUCCCAGGGUGACUGUUAUACUGCAGGAGAAAGAAGAGCUCUGUGGGGCUGAAAAACAGGACCUGAUUGAAGGAAGAUCAGAUGAAAAAAGUUCUGCCAAACCAGUAAAAGCUCCUUUGGCUGGCUUCUGUGAUGAUGAUGAAGCAGAAAUUUCUGCAGACCCAAAGCUCCACACUGAGAGCAAACGCAGUGAGCACGUCAUCGUCCUCCAAACGUGUCGAAGCUCUCCUAGUGUUCUGACCUGCUCCAGCUCUCCACAGACGGACAGAAAAUCCUCCAGACCGGACCCCAACAGAGAGAUGUACUAUGGUAGAGUCAAGGACUCAUGUAAUGUCACAUCUGAGCUGGAGAGUGAAUAGUUUCUGUUUAUCGAAUAGUUUAACAUGUUAGCUUCUGUUUGUCCCUAACCCUACACUGUUAAUGAUUUUCUGGAGAAUCUACAGUACCUUACUGUAAAUCAUUUACAUCGAUAAUGCUGUAUUUACAUUUACAGCACCAUUUCUCUUGCUGUUUAUCUUUUUACAGUAUUGUGCCUUUACUGUAAAACAUACCUUAAUAUUAACAUUCACCUACAGUAACAUUGCUUAACUGUUCUACAGUAAAAUUCAGUUCAUAUUACAGCAAAUGCUGUGUAAUUGACAAAAAUUGUUAACAGUGUAACCCUAACAUUUGACGUCUGAAAUAAAACAAGAUUUGCCUGA